GAGGAGAUAAUAAAUAGAAGUCUAUUCUAUCUAUUGAUGUUAACGCGUUCCGGUUCCCCCGCCGCCGAUUACCGAGGAGUGGCGGCCGCACCGGAAAGCUGCCGACGCGCUCGGGCCGCCCGGAGGAACAAUGGAUGAGACCCGUCAGUAGCACUUGGACGAAGACUUCGACGGACCCCUCAAACUGAACGAUGGAGGGAAGUGACGACGCGUCCAUCGCCGUCGCUCAGUCUGACGGGGGCAGCGCCGAGGUGGGAGGAGGAGGAGCCCCGGGCAAAGUGGAGGAAGGAGCGAACCCGCUCGCUGUUGCUUCCCGCGGCAGCAAAGGGGUGGAGCCUCCUGCGACGACGGCGGCGAGUCCCGCUGCCGAAUCUCCGGGAGGCGUGGCGCUCAAAGUCGCCACGGCCGUCUUGCACCCGGUGUGCCUGGGCGACGGCCCGCUGAUGCUGCCCAUUCACCUCCAGAUGGCCGGAGCGGCCGGCGCCCAGCUCGGCCAAAUGGGGGCGGCGCCGUACCUGAUAGCGAGCCAGACCCCGGUUUCGCUCCCUUUGGUCUUGGAUCAGCAGGUCCUCCAGCACAUGGGCCCCUCCGUGAUGCCCCAGAACGCCGGCUGCCCUCAGCUCCAGGGCAACGUCCUGUGUCAGAACCCGUUCGGUUUGCCUCCGGCACUUGACCACAAGUCGGCGGGGCAGACGCAGGACGCCAAUCUGCUCUCGCUCCUGCAGAAUCCGGCUUUCGCGGCCAUCCUGCAGGAUCUCUUCCCCUCCCAGGCCGGCGCAUCCGCCUGCCAGUCACCGGGCUCUGCCUUCUUCCCACUUCCUCCCAUUGCACCCUCUUACGCCUCCCCUCUGGCCCCCCUGGUGCCCCCCGCCACACUUCUAGUCCCCUACCCGGUCAUCAUCCCGCUGCCCGUCCCGCUGCCCGUCCCUCUGCCCAUCCCCAUGCCCGCCCCCCAGGCCGAGGACUCAAAGGGGAACAUGCCAAAACCGGUUUGCACUGCGAGUAAAAGCACUCAGACGUCUCCUAGAGAUACUACCUCUCCUCCGUCCUCGCGCAGAUGCGUGCCUUCGCUCGCGCCGCGACACGCGCCGCCGCCGCCGUCCUCGCUCCCUGUCGACGACGGACAGGCGUUAGACCUUUCGGUCCGGGCGUGCCCGGUUGUACCGAAACAGGAAUACCCGAGUCCCCAGCAGGACGACGUGCUCGACCUGUCGGUGCCGGCUACUGUGAGGAGGAAGUGCGUCCAGUCCGACGGGGAAGUGUCUUUCCGUGCCGGUCCGGACGGCGGCGGCGCUUCUUUGUCUCUGGGCGUUGACUCCAAACUCCUGGGCAGUCUGGCGCAGCUGGAGUUCAGUCGGCAGCACAAGUGGGUGGUUGACAGUGCCGCUGGCGGGUCCGGCUCCCUUAGUCAGCAGAGCGCCGCCGGGAACCUGGAGAUCGUCAGCACCUCGCAGACGGCCAAGGUCAUCGUCUCGGUGAAGGACGCCAUCCCCGCCAUCCUCUGUGCGAAGAUUAAAGGCCUCUCGGGAGUCUCAACCAAGAACUUUUCCAUCAAACGGGACGGCAGCCAGGCGGCGUCCCUGCAGCAGCUCUGCAGCGUGCCGGUGGCGUCCCACGGGGAGCAGCACGACCCCAACAACCCACUUAAGAAGCUCCCCAAGAACAGGGCCAUCAAACUGAAGAAGGUCAGCUCGCAGGAGAUCCACUUCCUUCCCAUCAAGAAGCAGAGACUUGCAGCGCUGCUUCCCAGGAAGUGAAGGCACUCGUUGGCGGGGGUUGGGGGCGGGGCUUUGGACGCUCUGGUAAUCCGUCCAAAACGUGAAACAUAAAACACAUGUGGGGACAUUCUGUCAUCCAUCUCAUCCACUAUAUGUCCAAUCAGGGUGUCUGAGGCUCAUGAAUGUCUCACAGUGAACCAGAAGGUACCGAGAUGCUUUCUGACUUCCUGUGUUUGUUUGUAACGCACUGAUCCACACCGGGAAACUAAACCAAGGGUUGUUGUUGUUGUUGUUGUUGUUGUUGUCUGCCAUCUUAAAGGGACAGUACUUUUUAAUGGGUUCUCCGUGGCUUUGAAGAUUGUCUUUUAUAAAUCAGAGGCGUUGAGGAGCAGCAAAGACACUUUGGUUCCAGUUCUCCAGUUGGGAUCAUAGUUUGUUUUUUAAUUUAAAACCUAAAGUGACGCUUGAGGUUCUCGCUGCUCCGAGCAGCAGAUUCCCUCUCUUCUGAUUGGUCGGGGGUUUCAGCACGAGAACACACUCUCGCUUCCAGAACUUUCUUUGGGCUCUGAAGAAACAUGUGAGGAAAGAGAUUAACGUGCAUGAAGCACCAGAACCCUCUAACGGACCAAUGCAGGUUCUCAUGUGGACAUUUGAAGACCAGAUUAAAGACCAGGACGUCCCGUUGGUAAUAUUAGUGAAGUGUUAUAGUUCCAAGUGGUUUGGUGUCUUUUUUAUUUCUUUAAAAUAUUUAGUGUUCCACGAUGAUGACCGGAGUCGUGGACGUGUUUCAUUGAACCGUGGAGUGCACUUUGUCAUAGUUUAGUUGAAUCUGUGAACGUCUGGAGGAACAGAGGAGGGGCGGAACUUCUUCUUUUGCUUUAUUUAUAUUCAUGAACUUUAUUAACACGUCUUUCUGCUUGUGUCCGUUGGACCUGAGCCCGUUUGGUCGUACAGGGUUCCCACUCUAAUUUAUUCACUUUGCAACUGUUAUUUAUACGAUCUGAACAGAGAGAAGCCGAGUCCUGCUGCCGAGUCCUGAAGCUCUUUUCCUGCUUCAGAGAUCUGUUGUUUGGAUUGAAACGUGCCGCCGGCUAAAUGUUUUC